UGUGGUUGUUUGAGACCAGAUUUUGGUCGCUGUGAGAACGAGUGUGUGUGGAGUAUGUGCCCACACGAGUAUGUGUGGAGUAUGUGCCUGCUGUGUGGGCACAGGAGGAUGCAAUCUAUGGAUUGGUCUCUGCGUGAGAUGUAAUUGGAUUGAGUAAGAUGUGAUUAGAUUGGAUGAAAGAUUCGAUUGGAUUGGGUGAAGAGUUGAGUGGAUGCGGGAUAAAAGAGUUUGAUUGGAUUGGAUAAGAUUCCUUCGGUGUUCUAAUUAGCUUCGAAUUAGGUUCCUUGUCAUCCGACCGUGGAUGGGGGAACGGAUGGUGAGCGGACGUAGGACGGAGCGCGGGAACAAGAAAUCGACCAAACUCUUAUCUGCUCGAGAUUGGGAAUUGGGUAUUACCUUUUUAUCGUAAAUACUAGUAUCACCUUCAGUCAGACCGUAUCUACAGCCGUGCCGUUGUUAGGAUAGGGAGGUGGUUGGUCUGACGGAGAAGGGGAGACUCGUGUGAGGGCGCAAGUCCGAGGUUUUUCUUGUGCCAAGAAAGCCAAUUAGGAGAAGGAGGAGGGAAAGGAGGAGGGGGAGGAGGAGAAGGAGGAGGGAAAGGAGGAGGAGGAGUAGGAGGAGGAGGAGGAGGAGGAGGAGGAGGAGGAGGAGGGAGAGAAACGUCCGAGGGAGGGAGAACAAAGAAAAGGAGGAGAAGGGGCAAUCUACCGAAGAAAGGCAGCGACGAGGAGGAGGAGGAGGAGGAGGAGAUGAGGAGGAGGAGGGAAAUCGACAGGAGGGCAAAAUUGCAAUUAGGAGGGACCAGGGUCGACCCUCCCGAGAAAGGCAAUUAGCAUUUACGAGCGGGAAAACUGAGAGAGAGAGAGAGAGAGAGAGAGAGAGAGAGAGAGAGAGAGAGGAAGGAUAUUGGAGCGGUGGAAAGAUCCGAGAGGUGGUCGACGAAAAGAUCGCAUCUUAUUCGAGCGGUGGAAAGAUCCGAGAGGAAGUUGCGAAGUUUUGUCGAAGUUUCGAGGAGUAAGAUGCUCGUUUUAAAAUACUCGUAGAGUAACUGAGGAAUCAUUUAGUUCGACGAAAGUUCGUCGAAGAGACAACUUUAGUAUCUCUGCGAACGCCAAGAGACAACUUGAAGGUGAUUGCACCGAGGAAGUUUCGUCGAAGUUUCGCGAUGGGUUGUCGAGGUUGCGUGGUUGAGUGCUAAUUGCACCUUCACCUUCACCUUUCUUCGGUGAUCGGAAGUUUCGUCGAACUUUCCCGCUGAUUGGGUUCUCGAGCGUGCGUGGUUGAGUUCUCAUUCCUUCUCCAUCAACUCCUCCUUCCCAGCGCGCGUGCGUGCGCGCACGCGCGCGCGCGAUCCAGCCAUCGACCCACGCUUGUCGGACACACGUUCGCACACACACACACACACACAAAGAGAGAGAGAGAGAGAGAGAGAGAGAGAGAGAGAGAGAUGUGGGGGGAGUUUGGAGUUGAAAUGGAUGGGAGCAGGAUUUGCAGUCGUGCAGGCUGCGUCGGGAUGCUGAGGAAGAAGAAGAUGAAGAGAUCAGCUAUGGCGGCGGUUGCCGAUUGCACCAGCCCGUCAGCCCGCGAAGGGCUGAGCUAUGGUGGAGGGAAGACUUUUUCUUCUUCUCCUGUGCCUUCUUCUCCUCCUCCUCCUCCUGGAUCUUCCGUCCUCCGUCCCAACCUCAACCUCUUCUCCUCCUCCUCGUCCUCCUCCUUCUCCUCCUCGUCGUCUUUCUUCUUCUUCUUCUACUACCUCAACCUCUUCUUCGUCCUAUCUACGUUGAUGGUCACCAACUACCUUGCUCCCCCCGUCUCCGCCUGGGGCUACUCCCCCCGCUAUGUCCCUAGCCCCCGCCGUCCUGCCUUCGGUCCCGGCCGGCAGCAAACUAACCCCGUGGACCUCCGUCGCGUUGUCCUCCAGAACAACGCCACACUCACUUGCCUCUGUGCCAUCAGCAAAGCCUCCGUUGGAAGCCAAUUAGUGUUGACGAGCUGUAUUGGCGCCAAGAGACAGCGGUGGAGCACCAGGUUUCCCAGCGGCAUUCCGUGGAAAAAUGAGGAAGCAGCCAAGUGCAUGUCGAUCAAAGACGGGAACGCGAAGAAAGGGGAGGCAGUCGUACUCGCCACCUGCGCCAGUCCGACAGAUACGGAGGGGCGCUCUGCGGCGAAGAACGGCACCGUGCCCUCUCAGAACUCGACGACGACAUCGCCGGAAACGGGGAGGCAGUUCUGGGUACAACUGUCAAAGCCGUUUCGUCCUGAGGACAGCACUGCAAUGUGGUUCCAGGUCAAAUCGUCACUAGACGACAAACUAUGUUUGUCGCAUAGAAAGGACAGAAGUGGAGUUGUCGCGGUGCUGGCCGCCUGCUCGGAUUCGGGAGCGAAGAAACCGACGUAUUGGCGAUGGCUAACGGACAAAUGAUGAGUACAAAAGUGCAAUGGGAGCGGUGCGGGGUAAAUACGGGAGAAAUGAUUGAAAUGAGGAGGACAAAAAGGCAAUUGUAGGGGUGCGGGCUAUCGGAAGAAAUGAGUGAAAUGAGGAGGACAGAAGUGCAGUGGAAGCGGUAGAGGAAGAGAAAAGUGCAAUUGUAGCGGAACUGGCUAGCGGACAAAUGAGGAGGACAAAAGUGCAAUUGUACUUGAACCGCUGCUGGCUAACGGACAAAUGAGGAGGACAAAACUGCAAUUGUACCGGAACUGGCUAACGGACAAACGUGCAAUUGCAGCGGUAUUGGCUAACGGACAAAUGAGAAGGACAAACGUGCAAUUGCAGCGGUAUUGGCUAACGGACAAAU